AUGGUGAUAGUAUUGAGACUGGGGGAUCAUGGUGAUGGUAUUCAGAUUGGGGAUCAUGGUGAUGAUAUUCAGAUGGGGGAAGGUGAUGGUAUUGAUACUGGGGAUCAUGGUGAUGGUAUUGAGACUGGGGAUCAUGGUGAUGAUAUUCAGACUGGGGAUGUUAAUGAUGUUAUUGUUGAAGAUGGUCAUAUUGUUGAAGAAGUUGAAGUGGUUGAUGUUGGAAAAGAAGAUGUUUUGCUUCCAAGGGUUGGUUUAGAGUCACACAAGGUACUUGAUGAGGUUGAGCAGCGGUUGGACGAAAUAUUAGGGGAGGAUAAGGUAAAGCUGGAUGUUGAACAGAUUGCAUUGAUGUUGGAAGCAGGAUAUAGCAUGGAAGAAAUUGAAGAUGUACUGGAUCAUCCAUCUGAUAAUGAUGAUGAUGCUAUUAUUGAUGAUGUUGAUGGUAUUGUUGAUGAUGCUAUUAUUGAGGUUGAUGGUGGUGGUGAACAAGAAGAAGGAGGUGAUGAUGGUCACUUGGGUGAUGAUGAAGGUGAACAAGAAGAAAGAGGUGAUGAUGAAGGUCCUGAUGAUGUCCCUAGAGUGACAAAGUUGAGAAAACCCUCUGAAAGGAUCAUUUUGCAGAAGUUGAAGAAGACGGUGUUUUACAAAAAAUGGAGGUGGUUCAUCUGCUAG